CGGCACCCAAGGAUGUCCCUCGGCUUCGCCAUGUCACUCGAGUGGUUGAGAGACUAUGCUAAGGAGCACAACAUGGUGCGUCUAUCGGACGUCGCCGCGCUUGACGAUAUCAGACAGAAGUUUGGCAAACAAGUCCUCUUUGUUCAUUCGGUCAAGCAUGACUGUCUACGGGGUUGGCUUCUCUUCCUCGCCGUCGCCACCAACACCCGUCCUGAGUAUAUCGUGAUGGCCACCCCAGAAAGGAUUGCCGCUCUCAAAGCCGUGCUAGGAAGGGAUGAUGAGCCUGAAUGGAAGCCUUGCUUUGUCCUAUAGAGAUAUCUUGUAUAGUUAUUAGUGACACGGCUUCCCGUGGCAUUGAUGUUCAUGUCUCGGGCCUCACACGGCAAGAUUUGUAGAAAACUGCUCCCGCUUCGAGAUGCGUAUGAGCUCCCCUUGGAUUCACUGAAUAACCGAAUCUGUACUAUUACGCUCCUUGUUCAUUCUUAGCACAAUGAAUUGCUCGAGAAA